AUGCAUGAUCUAAAUGAAGCUUUGGAUGAUUUACGACAAGCUAUACCAUAUGCUCACGGUACUUCAGUUCGAAAGUUGUCUAAAAUAGCAACCUUAUUGCUCGCUAGGAAUCAUAUUGUCAUGCAGGUAGUGUUUUUGUCAUCAAAAAUGGUUUUUUAUUCAUUAAAUUGCUACUUUUAGUCCAUUUCAAAACGGUAAAACCUUUUCGGAAAUCGUAUACUAUAGAUAACAUACUAUUAAUGCAAAAAUAGCCCAGUUGCUAUUAAUUUUUACUAUUUUUUCUGUAAAAAGUUAUUAUGAAAGGUUAUAAUAUCUGUGUGGUCCAUAAGUAAUUAAAUUACAGGCUAAUGCAAUCGAAGAACUACGCCAGACGGUGAAAGAGUUACAGUCCAAAGUUGAGAAGUUAGAGAAAGAUGACCAGCAUACUCUUCCUUGUUAA